AAACCUUGAAUAUAAAGUGAAAAAAGAAAAAGAUAGUUGAAGAAGUUAAACCUCAUCUUUGGGAAACACUGAUCAAGAGUUUUCAGUUUUCUAAUUCUAAUUAAUGGAGAUAAUGAUCGACAGGUUAAUCGACAAUAAUAGCACUUGUUAGCUGCAGCUCUACUAGUUUUAAUACUGCUGUUCUGUCUUUACAUUGGCUCUCUUUCUGUUCUCUUUUUAAUAGGUUUUAAGCUGUAUUUAACAGUAGAUGUCAUCCAUGAAACAAAAGAAGGCUCUGCACAUCUGUGUGAAGGAGAAGUUGAUUCAGAAAACUUAAAAACAGCCUCCUUCUGAUUUCGAAAUGUACAUGUUCUGGACUGAUGGUGUUUGACACAUAAAUGCAUAAAUGAUUAACCUGUUGCCUUAAAAUUCCUUGUGCCCACAGGGGAAGUGUCCAUGUGUGUCUUUGUAAGAGAGUAAUGAACUCUCGCCUUCUCACUGUUUUCUUAGUCUUGCAGGUUGGCUGCCGUUGUGGUUCAGACUGGUGUAAGGUGGUGAACUACUUACCCCUUUUUAAAUGUUUUUUACUAAAGUAUUAGUGCUCACAUAUGGUGAGGUGACCGAGGUUUGUAUCCGGUUUCUUUUGUUGGGAGAAUCCUUGAUUAAACGAGCACACCCACUCUGUCAAGCCGCUGUCACAAGACGGGAGGGCGGAGUCACAGUCAGCCAAAGUCCGCAGCAGGUGAGAGGCAAGUGGGGGGAAAGAGACGAGAUAACACGAGACAUACCUGAAGGGACUUUCACAAUAAGGCACCAAGUUAGUCACGAUCCCCCAUAUGGUUCCAGAUUUUGAAGUUGAAUCCAGGGAAAAAAAGCAAAACUUAAAGAAAUGUUGAAAAAAAAACAGGUAUAUGCAUCACAAAAUAUUUUUUUCUUUCUCAUUCCUUCCAUGUCAUGAUAAUAUCCCAAUAAUACACAGUAACAUCAUAAAACAAUGAAGUAAAUUUACAAACCCUUUAAAGCACAAAUUGUGAGAUGGAAACGCUUAAAUUUGCAAAGUACAGGAGCAAGCACUUACUUUGGUAACACGGAAAGCAUAUUGUGUGUAAUGAAACCUCAGUUUAGGUGUUUCAAAGGAAGUUACAUUUUGCAUAAUUUCAGUGGGACUACUAUUUUGAAGGUAAUGACGGAAGCUUAAUGUGAUUGUGUCUCACUUGAUUGUGGCAUAGUUUACAGGAGCAGGGAGGAAAUUCGUUGGUAACCUGGAAAGUACAAGCAGGUGAUAAACAAAUGUACAGACAGAAGAAGACACGGGAAUAAUGCACAAACAUGGCUGUGUUGGAGCUUUACACACAGUACAACAGAGUUUGGAUACCAGAUGCAGAACAUGUGUGGAAAUCAGCAGAGAUUCUGAGAGACUUCCAUUCUGGAGACAAUGUUCUUGACCUGCUGCUUGAAGAUGGCACCGAGUACCGUUUCCCAGUUGAUCCGUCUAAACCACAGCUGCCUCCUCUUCGAAACCCGGACAUCUUGGUGGGGGAGAAUGACCUCACAGCUCUCAGCUACCUGCACGAACCUGCAGUUCUGCACAACCUCAAAGUGCGAUUUGUGGAGUCCAGAAUCAUCUAUACCUACUGUGGUAUUAUACUGGUGGCUGUAAAUCCCUACAAACAGCUCCCUGUCUAUGGAGAUGCAAUCAUUCAUGCCUACUCAGGCCAGAACAUGGGAGACAUGGACCCUCAUAUAUUUGCAGUGGCAGAGGAGGCUUACAAACAGAUGGCCAGAAAUCACAAGAAUCAGUCGAUCAUUGUCAGUGGUGAAUCUGGAGCUGGUAAGACGGUGUCUGCUCGAUAUGCGAUGAGGUACUUUGCUGUAGUGAGCAAAUCUGGAAGUCAGACUCGAGUUGAAGACAAAGUCCUGGCAUCCAAUCCAAUAACAGAGGCAAUAGGAAAUGCAAAGACCACCAGGAACGACAACAGCAGCCGUUUUGGGAAAUACACUGAGAUCAGCUUCGACAGGAGGUACCGGAUCAUCGGAGCGAACAUGAGAACUUACCUGUUAGAGAAGUCCAGAGUUGUUUUUCAGGCAGACAACGAGCGUAAUUAUCACAUAUUCUACCAGAUGUGCUCCAGUGCAAACCUGCCAGAGUUCAAGAACCUAAGACUGUUGACUGCGGAUAAGUUCAGAUACACCUGCAUGGGCGGUGACACAACUAUUGAAGGCGUAGACGACAAGAAGGACAUGGAAGAGACUCGACGCACCUUCUCACUGCUGGGACUGAAGGAAGCCUUUCAGUUAGAUGUGUUCAGAGUCCUGGCAGCCAUUCUGCAUUUAGGGAAUGUGGAGAUCAGAAGCUCAGGAGAUGAUAGAUCAUCAGUCCCUCCCGGCGAUCCACACCUGGCAGUCUUCUGUGAGCUGCUGGGUGUGAGUGCAGACGGUUUGGUGCGUUGGCUGUGCCAUCGGAGGAUCGUUCUGGUGGCAGAGACGGUUGUGAAGCCGGUGCCCAGGGAGCGGGCGGUAAAUGCCAGAGAUGCUCUGGCUAAGCAGAUCUAUGCCCAUCUGUUUGACUGCAUCAUUAACAGGAUAAAUGCGGCGCUGCAGGUUCCAGGAAAGCAACAUGCUUUUAUUGGCGUUCUGGACAUUUACGGCUUUGAAACGUUUGACAUCAACAGCUUUGAACAGUUUUGUAUCAACUACGCCAAUGAGAAGCUUCAGCAGCAGUUUAAUCUGCAUGUGUUCAAACUGGAGCAAGAGGAGUACAUGAAGGAGGAUAUUCCAUGGACGUUGAUAGACUUCUAUGACAAUCAGCCUGUCAUUGAUUUGAUUGAAGCAAAGAUGGGGAUCCUUGACUUGCUUGAUGAAGAAUGCUUAUUCCCACAAGGCACUGAUCAGAGCUGGCUGCAGAAGCUGUACAACUACCUAGAUACCAAUCCUCUGUUUGAGAAGCCAAGGUUAUCAAAUGAGGCGUUUGUGAUUCAGCACUUUGCUGACAAGGUAGAGUAUCAGUGCAGAGGUUUCCUUGAAAAGAACCGAGAUGCUCUCUAUGAAGAACUGGUGGACUUGAUGAGAGGCAGUGAGUUUCCGUUUCUGGCCAACUUUUUCCAAGAGGAGGAGCGAAACACUGCGACCAGUAAGACUGUUAAAGUGAGACCCGCCAGGCCUUCAGUGAAACCAGCCAAUAAACAGCUGAGAACUUCUGUGGGAGAUAAGUUUCACAGCUCCCUCUCCUUGCUGAUGGAAACGCUGAAUGCGACCACCCCUCACUAUGUGCGCUGCAUUAAGCCUAAUGAUGAAAAACUCCCAUUUGAAUAUGACUCUGGGAGGGUUGUACAGCAGCUGCGAGCUUGUGGAGUCCUUGAAACUAUUCGUAUCAGUGCACAGAGCUAUCCAUCCAGGUGGACAUACAUUGAGUUUUACAGCAGAUACAGUAUCUUGAUGUCACAUCUGGAGGCAGACCUUAAUGACAAGAAACAAACCUGCAAGAACGUGCUGCAGCGGUUGAUUCAGGACUCCAACCAGUACAAGUUUGGUCGGACAAAGAUCUUCUUCCGAGCUGGUCAGGUGGCUUAUCUGGAGAAGCUGCGUCUGGACCGACUGCGAGGAGCCUGCGUAACCAUCCAGAAACAUGUCCGCGGAUGGAGUCAGAGGAGGAGGUAUCUGGCCGUGAGACAAGCAGCCAUCAUCCUCCAGCAGUACAUCCGUGGAAAGAGGACGAUCCGUAAAACAGUGAGUGCUACAACGCUGAAGCAGGGCUGGGCGGCAGUGGUGAUCCAGAGAUACUGGAGAGGCUACCGUGUGAGGCAGGUCUACCAUGUGGUCCGUCUGGCUUCCAUCACCAUUCAGGCCUUCACACGAGGAUGGAUGGCCCGUAAACGGUACAAGAAGAUGCUGAAGGAGCACAAAGCUCUGGUUCUCCAGAAGUAUGCCAGAGCAUGGCUGGCACGACGGCGAUUUCAAACCAUGCGUCGGCUGGUGCUUAACGUUCAGCUCUCCUACAGGGUGCAGCAGCUCAGAAAGAAGGUUGAAGAGCAGAACAAAGAGAAUCGUGGACUGAUGGAAAGACUGACGAGCUUGGCCAACUCUCAUUCUCAAACUGUGGAUAGACUUCAGGGUCUGGAGGCAAAGCUGGAAAAAUCAAGCAACCAGAAGGCAUCUCUGGAGGCUAGAGAGAAGAAAGCAAAAGAAGAUGCUAGUCUGACCAUUUCACAGUUUCAAAAGGAGAUAGAUGCACUAAAUCUUGAAAAGCAGAACUUGGAGAAAAAGUUUGAAGUUUCCACCAAAGAGGCCAAAGAGAGGUUCGAUGAAGUGAAAAGGAAUCUUUCGGAAGAGAAAGAAAAUGAAGCAAGGCUUAGAAAGAUUGCUGAGAACAACAUUGAUAUUCAGAGACAGGACCAUGAGAAUGAGGUGAAAACUCUGAAAGAGGAGAUAAAGAGACUGAAAGAGGAGAGAGUCAGUCUGCAGAGAAAGAUAGAGGAGGGGGAGCAGCUGAACGCUGACCUGCAGGAACAAGUCAUUCAGCUCACCAAGCACGUCAAGGCCAUUCCUGAACUACGCAGAGACCUGAACAACCUGCAGAAUCAGAAGAAUAACAUGGACCGAAAGAUGAAACAACAGUCGGAACAAGCAAAAACUAAAAUGAGCGAGAUUACAAAACAGCUUCUCGGUGGUGUUGUUGAAGAGGAGGUUCUUUUGGGGCUCACUCCUGAUGACUCUGAGACGAUUUAUGAAGCUGAGGAUUUUCUGGUAGUCUUUGAAAGCCUGCAGAAAGCUACCAGGGUUCUGGAGAAUCACCAGAGGGAACAGAAGGAAAGAUAUGACACCCAAGUGGAGGGUUUGACAUUGAAAGUGGACCAUCUUCAAAAUGAGAACAGCAAACUGCAGAACCUGUUCCAGGAGAAAAGUAACGUGAAUGAAAAUAUUCACCAAGAAGUAUCCAGGCUCAGCAGUGAAAACUCAAUUAUACCGGAGCUGAAACUACAAGUUUCAGAGCUUCAGAGACAAAAGCAAGAGCUUGAAGGCCUUGUAGAGGAGCAGAACAGAGAACUGGCAGAAAAAGACAAAGAGAUCACCAACACUCUUCACAGGAGGAUAACAGAAGAGAGCACACAACGCAGGCACUUUGAGGAGAAAGCUGAAGAGCUGGAGGAGGCAAAAAGGGAGCUAGACAGCAGAGUGGAGGAGCUGGAGGAGGAGAAUGAACACUUGAAGAGGCAGCAGCUGAUGGAGAAUGAAGUCAAGAUGAAACUGAGACAUGAGACUUCACGGUUAACUGCUGAAAACAUGGACUUUGAAGAGCUGCUGGACCAGAAAAACAGAUUAAUAAAAAAACUCCAGAAUCAAAUAAAAAGCCUUGAAACAUCACAGAAAGCAAAACAAGCGUCUCCAUCUGCCAUUCCUAAAGAUUACCUUGGCAUGUUGGAGUACAAGAGAGAGGAUGAACCCAGGCUCAUUCAGAACAUCGUUCUGGACCUGAAGCCAAAAGGUGUGGUGGUGAACAUGAUCCCCGGCCUGCCAGCUUACAUCCUCUUCAUGUGUGUCCGCCAUGCUGACUACCUGAACGACGAAAUGAAACUCAAGUCUCUGAUGAAUGCAAUCAUUGGUGGUAUCAAAAAGGUCAUCAUGAGUUACCACAAAGACUUUGAGUUGCUGUCCUUCUGGCUCUCAAACACAUACCAGCUGCUCAACUGUCUGAAGCAGUACAGCGGGGAGGAGGAGUUCCUGAAACAAAGUACUCCUCGCCAGAUAAAGAACUGCUUGAAGAAUUUCGAUUUGUCCGAACACAGACAGAUUCUCAGCGAUCUGGCCAUCCACAUCUAUCAUCAGUUUAUCACCACUAUGGAGAAAGCUCUCACUCCUGCCAUUGUACCCGGUAUGUUGGAGCAUGAGAGCUUACAGGGGAUUUCUAGCAUGAAGCCGACGGGCUUCAGGAAACGUUCCAGCAGUGUUUAUGAGGACUCAGAGACCUACACCAUCUCCUCCAUCCUGCAGCAGCUCACUGUCUUCCACUCCACCAUGAACCACCACGGCAUGGACCAGGGCCUCGUCAGACAGGCUAUCAAACAGCUGUUCUUCUUGAUAGGAGCCACCACCCUGAACAACAUCAUGCUGCGCAAAGACAUGUGCUCCUGCAGGAAGGGAAUGCAGAUCAGAUGCAACAUCAGUUAUCUAGAGGAGUGGCUGAAAGAGAAGGAGCUUCAAAGCUCCAACGCCAUCGAUACUUUGAGGCCUCUGUCUCAGGCUGCUUGGCUGCUGCAGGUCAACAAGUCCACCGACGAUGACGCCAAAGACAUUGCUGAAAAAUGCACUGAACUCAACCCUGUUCAGAUUGUCAAGAUUUUGAAUUCAUACACACCCAUUGAUGAUUUUGAGAAAAGGGUGACAUCAUCGUUUGUGCGCAAAGUUCAGGGGUUACUGCAGGACCAUGAAGGCUCCACACAGCUGAUGCUGGACACAGAUUAUCAUUUCCAGGUCAUGUUUCCCUUCUGCUCAUCCUCACAAGCUCUGGAGCUGCUGCAGGUUCCAAACAGCCUUCAUCUCGACUUCCUAAACAGGAUCUGACACGGAGCUGCCUUUGACCUUUCACUCCUCAGGACUGAGUCAUAGCCCAUUUGAAUGUGGCUGCUUCUGACUGUAUUUAUUCUACUUUAAAUAAAACACGUCCAGCACAGAAAAGCAGAACAAUGGCCAGAAUUUAACAAAGACUGAGGUCUUUGCAUCGCAGAAUUCUGGCUAAAUAUCAAAUGAAGAAAAAUCCUGUUUUAUGUUUUAUUCUUUUAAAUGUGUUUUUUUAAUAGAGUUGAAGUGAUAGGUCAAUAAAUCAAAUACACUUUUUAUGUCAGUUAA